AGUGAGAUGCUGAUAGUUAGUGUGGGGGUCUGAGCUCGCAGUGUGACCCCUGCCUGGAGAGCCUCCUCUUCCUGUCUUUGUGUUCCUGUUUUCAGACAGGAGGGGGGGCUGGCUGUGAGCUGCUGUGCUGGCAGAAUGCAGAGGGGCCCUACAGAGAACAUGUUUAGCACAGCAAUAAGAGGGGCCGGAUCCGGCUGCUGUAACCCCCUGUGAACUCUAUGCCAUGUUCCCUCGCCCUCUCUGCCAGCUGCCGGAAGGGUUCCACAUGGCAGCCGACGGGCCCCCAGCUUGGGGGAACACUGUGGCACUGAGACGGAUUGCCUCCCACCCUCUGUCUCGUACUAGGGGCCACAGCAACCUCCUCCCCACAAUGCUGAUGUUUGGGGUCAUCGUGGCAUCCAGCGGUUUGCUUCUUAUGAUAGAGAAAGGCAUCCUGGAAGAGGUGAAGACACCCCCACCCGUGGGUGACCAGGCAUGGCGGUCACACAGGCGACACAGUGCUGAGAGCUUUGAUGAAGGAGACGUGGACCACCAGAUUCUCCAGGACAUCAGGAACCGGACCCUGAACAGCAUCUGUGGCCAAAAGGACAUGCCACGUAGCGUGUGGCAGCUGCCCACUGCCCAGAGAAGGACUGUCCUCAAACACAUCCUGGUCAAUGAGAAGUACAAGUUCCUGUAUUGCUACGUGCCCAAGGUAGCUUGUUCCAACUGGAAAAGGGUUCUCAAGGUUCUGGACGGCUCCCUGGAAAAUGUGGACGUCAAGAUGAAGAUGGACCACAAGAACGACUUGCUGUUUCUCUCCGAUUUUAGUGUGGACGAGAUCAAACAUCGCCUGAAACACUAUUUCAAGUUUAUGUUUGUUAGGGACCCCAUGGAGCGGCUCCUCUCUGCAUACAGGAAUAAAUUUGGGGAGAUUAAAGAAUACCAGCAGAAGUAUGGGGUGGAGAUCAUCCGAAGGUACAGGAAGCACAGUACGAGCGCCACGGCUGGGGAUGAUGUGACUUUUUCGGAGUUUGUGCGCUAUUUGCUGGAUGAGGACGUGGAGCGCAUGAACGAGCACUGGAUGCCCAUCUACAACCUGUGCCAACCCUGCGCCGUGCGCUAUGACUUCCUCGGCUCCUACGAGAGACUUAAGGCGGAUUCCCAUUACGUCCUGGAGAGGAUAAACGCCCCAAAGUACAUACAGUUUCCCGAGAGACAAGCAUGGUAUAAGCCAGUCACAAAGGAUACACUGAAUUAUUUUAUCUGCAAUACUCCCAGAGGUUUACUCAAAGAUCUUUUACCAAAGUAUAUAUUAGAUUUCUCGCUCUUUGCGUAUCCCUUGCCGAAUAUCACCACGGAGCACUGCAGGCAGUAAUGACAGAUUGCUCUAUACAAUUCCCUUAUAAGAUGCUGCAUUAAACCAGCCAAAUCCUUCAUGUUGUACUGGACGCACCACAACAACAACGUGCGGAUAAACAGAGCAUGAAAAGUGCUGAACGGCAGUAAGAACACUUUAUCAGAAACCAGGUCAGGAGCGUUCUACAGGAAGGGAUUCUUUCUGUGUUCUAACACUCGGCACUUUCCAAGCUCUGGCCCAUCAGUGUGUCUUGUGUAACAUGACGGGUCUGACAACUCUGUGUAUUCAUGCACAAACACUGUGUACAUAAAUACAGAAUGAAUACAGAAAUAUGCACAUUUACACACACACACACACUGCAGAGGGCACUUUAUACAACAGACCUCACAUCUGUAAAGACAGCAGCCAGCUGUGCGCACACAGACAUGCACACACAGACACACACACGCUCAUUACAAAGACCCCAUGUGGUGUAUUCACUAAAUCUGAAAAUGUCAAGGACGGUCAUGAAAAUAGGUCAAAAAGUAGAGUUGGAAAACAGCCGAGCUAUUGAUCUAAAACAUCCAAUUUUCUUGUCCUUUUUGCUCAGUAUCCGGUUUAGUAACAUGUCUAGUAGAGCCAUUCAUUAAAGGGUGGAUUGAAGGGAAUUCAAAGUGAAUUCAAAUUUUAAGCCGAAAUAGGCAAAUAGUUCAUACUGAACGUGCAGCGGACUUGGCAGUAUUGCCCUGCGUACUAUCCCAAAUCCCGAUACACAUUUAAAUAACGGAAGGUUUAGUAACAUUUUCUACUUAAAUAUUCUACCAAAUAUUUUACAAAACCGCCAAAGAUCCAGUAUUGUUUUAUGUGAUUUUUUAUCCUGCAGACCUUUCAGUGUUAAAUAUGACCAUAGACUAGAAGUGACAAAUUACUUAACCAACAGAUACUCCUAGCAGGUCAGGACAUGACUGUUUAACUAUUUCCAUUCCUCUUUGACGAGUCAGGAGAUCGAAGGAGAUUUAAAACCAAGAAUUCAGCGUUUUAGUCAUGAGCGUUUGUACGAAAUAUUCUAUUUUCUACCAUUGGAAUUAGUUUUUUUUUGUAAUGGAGAUAUUAAAGUACUUUUUGAUAAAUGAAUUGGAUGUAUCACUUAUUUCAACACGUUCUGGAUGAUCGGAUGUAAGUACAUUUUAUAUUUCUCUUUCAGCAAAUGAUUAAAUUCUCCCCAGUGUCGCUCAGUGCCGAGGCGAAGUCCUUUCAUAAAGAUUUAUGGGGAUUUGUCAACCAGCUUCCAAAACUUGGCAAAAACAGCUGAAUUGGGAAACUCCCAACCGUGGAUUCAGCGAUAACUGCCCAGUAAUCAGAUUCACAGUUUGAUUGGAGCGUAAAAUACAUUAUAUAACGGUUAUGUCAUAAAUCCACCGCUGCUUUUACUUUAGAAACAGGAUGUGAAUAAUGAGAGAAUGUCCUGUAUUUCUCCAUUCUAUGGCACUUUAUAAAUUCAUUUCCUGCGCAGUAACCCGUACGAUAGCUUGCGGUAGCUCCCGGCAUCGCUGCACAUGGUAAUAUGGAGGAGGG